UGUAGAGGCCAGUUGUUCCUCUAAUAUCACACGUUUUACAGUAACUUACAGUGUUUGUUGCUGGUUUGCAUUCUAGUUUGUUUCUGUUUACGGAGUACUCCGUACACUAGGCAGAUAUUUACGACAUCAACUAAAAAGGCUCUCUCAACAUGAAGCUCUUUGCAACGGGUUUGGUCCUGGCCCUAGUAGCCACCGAGGUCGUCGGAUCUAGCAAUUGGUUUACCAGAGCUGUUUAUAAUAGGUGGCAUGAAACUGAAUUGGAACGGUGGCUGUCUGAUCAUGAUAUCCCGUAUCCAACUUAUGCAGACCGCAGGGACCUGGAGAAUCUAGUCAAAAAAAACUGGGACGCAUAUAUCCAGGCUCCUAUAACUCAUACAACGGACGCAGUCAGCGAUUCUUAUGAGCAGGCGAAAGAGUGGAUUUUUGAUUCAUGGAGUGAAUCGCAUUUGAAGGCGUUUCUGGACAGACAUGGGAUUCCAAAUCCUCAACCAAGAAAGAGGGACACUCUUUUAUCCGCCGUAAGGGAUAACUACGAAGCAAUUGCGCAUAAGCUUGGCCAGACAACACAGUAUCCUGGGAACUGGUUGUAUGAUCACUGGUCAGAGUCCGACUUGAAGGAAUAUCUCGACAGCCAUGGCUACGCCGUCCCACAACCAACAACCCGAGAUAAACUGAUCGCUGUAAUUCGAAGGAAUGCGAGACGCGCUAGUAUUGAAUCCAAAAAGGCUGCUGCUGCUGCAUCUUCUUCGGCUGCCGCAGCACAAGAGAGCCUAACUGAAGCUUUGUUCAACGCCUGGUCCGAGUCAGAUUUUAAGAAAUUUUUUGAUGAGCAUGACAUCAAAGUCCCACAGGGCUCUCGACGCAAUGAAUUGGUCGCAUUGGCACGUAAGCACCGCAAGUCGCUUCUGCAAGAGCCAACAUCCUCGAUCACGUCGUUAUAUGGUGCAGCGACUUCGAAAGCUGGAAAUGAGUUCGCACGAGCAACAGAAGAUGCCCGAAUGAAAAUAGAUGACCUUUUCAACUCCGCUAUCGAACAGUGGUCUGAUUCCCGCCUUAAGGCAUAUCUCGACGCCCGCGGCGUACCCGUCCCCCAAGGAUCAAAGCGCAAUGACCUUCUGGCCACAGUGCGCUUGCAUAGCCAUAAGGCUGCCACCGGAUAUUCCGCUUGGACCUUUGAUACCUGGACUAAAGAGAAUCUCGGAAAAUACUUGUCCUCUCAACAUAAGGGAGCCCUGGAGAAACUCGAGGGGAGCAGAAAUGAUCUUUUAAAGCAGGCUCAGGAUGCAUACAUCAGUGCCUCCAAGACUGGUGGCGAUAGCUACGCAUCAAUGACCUCAUAUCUUGCUUCCGCCACCGACGCAGCAAAGGACAUGAGCUUGAACACUUGGUCGAAAGACGAUCUCCGGAAAUAUUUGGAGUCGUAUGGACUCAAAAUCCGGCGUGACAUAGAGAUAGAAGAGCUCCGUGAAGAAGCAAGACGAAAUGCGAAUUAUUUCAUGUAUGGCACACUCGUGCAGGAAGCGGGUAUUUUGGAUCGAGUGUGGAGUGCUGGGCAGUGGGUCUGGGACCAAUUGAAAAUUGGUGCCCUGAGUGGGAGAUCUGAGGGACAGAAGGCGGCCGAUGCGGUAAAGGAGAAGGCAGCGGACGCAAAGAAGAAGGUUGACUUGUAAUGGAGGUGCGAGGGGAGACGGAGAAGAUGUUAGCAGGGAACAUCUAGCGAGAAACCUGAUUGACCUCCACCCUUCUCUCUAUUUGCGUCUUUCUUUUCAACCCCAGUUUCAUCUUGAAUUUUGACACGAUUUAUGACUUGCUUUUACCUGGGACCGAGCUUUUGACAGGAUAACGAGGUGCAGGGUUAUUUUGCCGGGUGGCAGGUGUGAUGCUUGAAAUUUUUUCACGCUUCCCUUUCUUCUCCCCUUCUUCUCGUCUCACCGACUAUGC